AGCAACUAUGCCGACAUCAUCUGUAUCAUUCUGUGCUUCGUCACGGGGCUUUGCGACAGCUCCGCGUUCAAUGCGUGGUCAUGCUUCUUAGCUAUGCAAACCGGUUGGACAUCUCCCCUUCCCCUUUAUCCUACCACCUAAAUCCCUUAACCCAUUACCAUAAUGCUAAUAUUGAAAUUAUUAACAGGAAACACCGUCGUCCUCGGCCUCGGCGCCGCCUCCCUCCCCAAAGACGACAGCGACAGCUGGCUAAAAUCCAUCGUGUCAAUCGCCAGCUUCGUGACCGGCUCAUUCAUAUUCAGCUUCGUCGGACGACACCUCGGUCCCGCCCGUCGCGGCACGCUCUUCGCCUCCUUCAUGGUCCAAGUGAUUCUCAUCGUGAUUGCCGUCUCCCUGAUCCAGUCUGGACUUAUCGCGGAAUCCGAAGCCGACGUCAUCUCUGGCCACCACCAUGGCGGCAAGCUCCUCGAGCUGAUUCCCAUUGGCUUGUUGGCCUUCCAGUCCUCCGGGUCUAUAAAUAGCACGCGCUCGUUGGGAUUUAAUGAAAUCCCGAGUGUGGUCAUCACGAGCGUGUAUUUUGAUAUUGCGUCGGAUAAGAAUAUCCUGGCUGUGCAGAAUGUUAAGCGGAAUAGGAGAAUUGCGGGCGUGGUGGCUCUGUUGAUUGGAGCUAUUGUGGGCGGUUGGUUGAAUAGGAGUGCUGGCGGGAUGGCGUCGACUUUCUGGUUGGCGGCUGGGAUUAAGUUCCUUAUUGGGUUGGGGUGGUUAGUUUGGAUGCCUGUUAGGAACUAGGUUGUUGGAUGAGGAUGGGUUGGGGGAGUGGGUGCGGUCACUUGGGGUAUGGUGGUUAGUGAGGUAUGUGGUGUGUGUGUGUAUGUAGGGAGGGAGUGCGAUUGUAUAGUAUUUUGUUUGGGGGGCGUUGUUGUAUAGAUGGAUGGGUAGACUUAGGUUCGCGAAAAAUAGAAGGUAUAGAUUUCUUUUUUCAUG